CCAUUGUCUCAUACUGAGUCUGUUUGAGAGGUUGUUUUGCCCAGAGUAAGUGAUAUUUGUGACAAAAUAGAAAUGUGGAAAGGGGGAAAAGAAUAAUUAGUUAUGGUCUGAGAAGUGAGUGAGACUUUAUUGACUCAAGAUAUCUGUCAUGCUAUCUCAUGGGUUGGGCCAGUGUUAUCAGUUGAAGCACUGGAUUCUCCUCACCUACAGGCAAACACCUCUGCUCUAUACUACCUGCAGUAAAUUUGACCAUGGGCAUAUUAAUUACCGUUUGUGUCCUGGUGGGCUUUAUGGCAUUCACUGAGGCAGAUCUUUGCCAUAAAUGUAUCUGCGACAACGAACAUCUUGACUGCAGCUUCAUAGCACUAGAAGACCACUUCAAUGACUCAGAUUGGGCUGGUUCUACUCAUACCAUCAUCUCGUUUGAUCACAACAACAUCAUCCAUCUCAAGGCCUUUCCUAAGCUUCCAGUCACGAAACUCUCCAUCACACAUAACAUGAUUGUAAAGAUUGAUCCGGCUUGUUUCAAAGAACUUGAGAACCUUACAGAGUUGGAUCUUGGUCACAACCACUUGACCUCCGAACAGUUGGUUCCAGCUGUUUUUCAGGGCCAUUAUGCACCAGAGACUUAUGAACCAUUGCGUAACCUGAGAGUACUGAAACUCAGCGCAAAUGCUCUACACACUUUGGAUGCAGAUUUGUUCGAGCACAUGCCACAGUUGGAACAUCUGAGUCUGGACUCCAAUCCACUGAGGAUAAUCGACAGACAGACUAUGGUUGCCUUGACCUCUAUCAGUUUUCUAAAGGAGUUGGACCUUUCGAGCACCUCACUGAAAGAGUUUCCCCCUCAUCUACUCCACACACCCAGGUUCCUGGAGGUCCUGAACCUCUCCAGUAACUUGUUUACUUCACCUCCAGAAUCACUGGAGGACUCUCACUUUCUCAAACAGCUUCAUAUUGAUGAGAACCCUAUUGUCAACAUCUCGAAGUUCCCGAAUCUACCUUACUUAGAAGUGCUGAGCAUGUCAUGGAUGCCGGACUUGGUAGAGAUCGGUCCUGAGGCCAUGAAUGAUCUAGUGUCCCUACAGGAGUUCUACUGUUCCCAUAAUCCCAAGCUGGAGAAGAUCAAUGCCACCGCUUUCAGCAAAUCUGCUGUCAGUUCCCCUGGAGGUCAGACUUGGCCUCCUAUCAAGAAGAUUACACUGAAUAACAACAACCUAGGAUUCUUAGACUUCGAACUGCUUGGCCACUGGGACCGACUGGACACUGUGGAUAUUCAGAACAACCCUUGGGUCUGUGAGUGUCAUAACCAGUGGCUUGUGUCCACCUUGGUGCCCAUGAUGGAGAAGCUGAACUCAACUCAGCACAUGGUCGCUGGGAUUGUAUGCCACUGGCCUGAGCAGAUGAGGGGACAGUCUGUUGCUGAGUUGGACCAUCGCUCGUAUCACAUGAGAUGUCUGGAUGCAUACGAUCAUCACCCAGAGAAGGAUGGAACACUGCUGAUAGGUAUCCUUAUUGGUGUCAUCCUUGCUGUUCCGCUUACAGCUCUCGUGUUCAUCUCUUACCGGAGACAUCUCCGCACCACAGCAGCUCAGUAUCAUCGGGCAUUCUACAAGCGUGGGGACUCACUUCAUGAGUUUGUGGCUAACCCAAACCCCUAGACGAGAGACUUUGUUCAGAGUUAGCUACGCGUUAUGUAUUCAUAAUUUCAUCCUGAACAGUUCUAUACAAGACAAGGAGGAACCUAACAUUUAAAUAAUUUCAAAAUAUUUAUUGUUAUAUGAGUAGUUUUAACUUAGUUACAUUAAAACCAAUAUUUAAUACUUUUAUUUUUUUUGAGGCCUUUCGAUAUCAAGGACAUCUUCUUCAGACACAUCACAAAAGUCUGAA